AUGCCUUCAAAAUUGACGCCCGAUCAGCUUGAUGCCAUGAAAAUCACGGAGCGGGUGACCUCACUCCUCUCCAUGCUGAGCGUCCUCUUCAUCGUCUUUACCUUCCUCCUGGCUCGCGGUUUCGACAAGCCAAUCAACCGCCUCGUCUUUUUCGCCUCCUUUAGUAACGUGGGCGUGAACAUCGCCACUUUUAUCGCCGAGGAUGGACCAGCCGCAGGCCCAAAGUCUGCCCUGUGCCAAUUCCAAGCCUGGGCCAUUCAGAUGUUCCUUGGCGUGGAUGUCUUCUGGGCCCUGUGCAUGGCUUUGAACGUUUACCUCGCUCUUUUCUGUGCUUGGACAGCGCAACGAUUGCGCGCGCAAGAGUGGAAGUACUUCUUGGGUUGCUACGGCGCUGCGUUUGUGCCCUCGCUUAUAUACAUCUUUGUGGAGACUGAGGGCCGUGGUAAGAUAUAUGGGCCUGCUACCCUCUGGUGUUGGAUUACUCCUGAAUGGGACUUUCUUCGUGUCCUUACAUUAUACGCCAUUGUAUGGAUAGCGCUUGUCUCUGCUUUUGCCAUCUAUUGCAAGGCUGCGAAGAAGGUGUGGCAUAACCGCGAGAAGCUUUCAGGACUUCUGAACCCAUUUAACGAAGAUCCAUUUUCGACAACUAUUACCACAGAGAUCGAGGUAACCUAUGAACCCGCACGUCCAUCGAUUUCUCACACAAGCUCCCAUCAUUCCGACUUUAAAAGACGCAUGGAGUCACAACUGCCGCCGAUGCCGGGCACAGAAGAUGAUCACAGAGAAGAAGCCCCAGAUCUUUACAGAGCCAACAUCGAAGCAGGAAGGCUUGAAAACGAUCGAAGUCGCCGCCCUUCCCGGCCCAAGCUGCAUGGUGCUCGCUCGUACACCCGGGAGGCGGCUCUGCGAGAACUCAAUCCCGACGCCUGGUUAUAUGCUCGUGCAGCAUUCCUCUUCUUUUGCGCUAUGCUGAUCCCCUGGAUACCCGCCUCAAUAAAUCGGCUAUACUCUCUCGUUCAUCCCAACCGCAUAAUCUUUGGCUUGAAUUAUGCACAGUCUCUCGUUCUUCCUUUACAAGGUUUCUUGAAUUGCUGUGUGUACAUCAUCACUUCGCAAACUGCUGUCAUGAACCUCUUCCGGUCGAUGAUUGGCAAGCCUGAGAUACCAAGGAGGAGUGAUUAUGUCAGCGCCAAUGGCCUGAACGCUGCAUCCGGAGACAAAGACGCAAAAAAUUUGCCCGUGAAGAUGGGCCACUUGGCAGCUGGCCUGACCAAUCAUGGCUCAAGUGCUGGAGGAAAGUUGGGAAAGUUCGUUGGUCGGAAAGCAAGUCUUCAACGGCCGCAGGAGGGAAGACAACGACUCGGCAGUGACGGCAGCAACAGUAUGCCGAUGUUCGCCGAAGUACAUCACACGCCAAAGCGAUGA